CAUAUUCUCGAUCCAUCCUUAACUGUGGUGUAAUGGCUUCAUCCAGCGGUGGUGUGCCUCCAGGGUUCCGAUUCCAUCCAACAGACGAAGAGCUGCUUCACUACUACUUGAAGAAGAAGGUAUCGUUUCAGAAGUUUGAUAUGGAGGUCAUUAGAGAGGUGGACUUGAAUAAGAUGGAACCUUGGGAGUUGCAAGAGAGAUGUAAGAUUGGGUCGACACCCCAAAACGAGUGGUACUUCUUCAGUCACAAGGACAGAAAAUACCCAACAGGAUCAAGAACAAAUAGAGCGACAAAUGCUGGGUUCUGGAAGGCAACAGGGAGGGAUAAAUGCAUUAGGAACAGCUACAAGAAGAUUGGUAUGAGGAAAACGCUUGUUUUCUAUAGGGGGAGAGCUCCCCACGGACAGAAGACUGACUGGAUCAUGCAUGAGUACAGGCUUGAAGAUAGUGAUGAUCCUGAAGGAAACUGCAAUGAAGAUGGCUGGGUGGUAUGCAGAGUGUUCAAGAAAAAGAAUCUAUUCAAAGUUGGGAAUGAAGGAGGCUCAAUCACAAACUCUGAUCAACAGCUCAACAUUAACACAUUAAGCACCAAUCAACCUCGCACAUUCAUGCACAGAGACAACCAAUACCUAAGUACUCGACAACAACACAACAACGGUAACCAACCAAGCUUUGAGCCUGAACUAGCACUCCACUACACCCACAUUCCAGCAGCAGCUUCUUCUCAAUACUCACUUUUCCAAUCCCAACCCCUUAUUCCAUCCCUCAAGCCCCUCGGCAGCGGCUAUGACUACUCCACCAUCCCUUCUGACACACCUGUCAUGGUCAAGCAACUCAUGUCAAACCCUAGAGACUGUGAGAGCGGCAGUGAGAGCCUCCGGUACCAAACUUGUGAGCCUGGCUUAGAGGUGGGUACGUGUGAGCCAACUCAUCAACAAAUUGUAACAACUGGGAGAGAUGAUCAUGAGGGCAUUAAUGAAUGGACUAUGCUCGAUCGCCUUGUCACUUCUCAUCUUGGAAAUGAAGAAUCGUCCAAAGGGGUGAGGUUUGAGGAAGCAAACGCAUCGUCUACGCACCAAAUUAAUCAGCUCUCAUUGCGCGGAGAGAUGGACCUUUGGGGCUAUGGCAAAUAG